AUGCUCAGCUGUCUCCGCAUUCUGCGAUUGCUCUCGCUCACACAUGGGACGGCAAUCAUACUCCGCAGUCUAAAAAAAGCUGCACCGCUGCUUGUACGCGUUGCGUUUCUUUUGUGCUUCUUUUGGCUCUUGUUUGCCAUCAUCGGCGUUCAAAGCUUCAAGGCUAGUCUUAGCCGCCAAUGCAUUUGGCUGGAUCCAUUUCAGCCAACGAAUUUCUCGGCUGCCUUUACGAACGACGAUCAACUUUGCGGCGGCUAUCUGAACAACGAGACUGGUGCUGUCAUGCCUUGGCUUAAAUUUGGAACCCAAGACUCUCUGGAAGGGCUUGUUCCUGGCGCAGGAAAAGGCAAGGGAUUCAUCUGCCCCCGCGGGUCGCUUUGUCUCCAGCAAGACAACCCGUCCAAUGUAAUCACCUCGUCUUUUCAGGUUAUUAGAGAAGAGAGCAAAGGAAGCGCGUUCACCUCGGAUCACCAGUCGUCCACCCAACCACAUUUUGACGGACGUACCCGAAAGUCGACACUGCAACGCCUUGUUGAGAGGACCAAACUGUUCUUCACUCUAAUUAUCGUCUUCGGGUUGAUAUGUCAGGCUUGCCGAAGCGCACGAAUGUCGGCGUCUCGCGAAAAGUUUAUUGAUGGCGCUGAAAUUGCUGUCACGGUACUUUUGGAUAUCGAGAUAGCAGCGCGACUCGCAUCUAAUUGGCGAAAUUUUCACCGAAGCUGGGCCAAUCUGUUUGAUCUUGGGCUAUCAAUUAUAACUACUGUCAUACUUAUUCCGCCGAUCCGCCACACAAUGGCAUACUGGUGGCUUACAGUCUUCCAAAUCGUCCGAGCCUACCGAAUUGUGUUGGCGGUACCGAUGACACGCACACUGAUCUUACUUGUGCUCGGAAAUGCUGCUGGUAUUGCGAACCUGAUGCUCUUCGUCUUUUUGAUGACAUUCCUCGUUUCCAUUUUUGCAUCACAACUCUUUCGAGGUGAGAUCCCGGUGUUCAAUGAAAGUGGCGAACUCAAUCGCAUAUCGUUCUCUACCAUUUACAACUCGUUCCUGGGAAUGUACCAGAUAUUGUCCAGUGAAAAUUGGACUGACAUUCUUUACUCGGUUACAUCUUACGCUCAUGGCUAUAAGACUGGCUGGAUCGGCGCUACAUUUCUCAUUGGCUGGUUCACGCUAUCAUAUUUCAUUCUUGUAAACAUGUUCAUUGCUGUUAUUCAAGAGAACUUUGAUGUAUCAGAGGAUGAAAAGCGCCUUGAACAGGUCAAGGCUUUCCUACAACGCAAGGAAUUAGGCCAAAAUGCGAGCAACCUUGCACUGUCAUCAAUCUUCAAUCUGGGCAAGUCUCGUCGCCGGCGCGAUCCUUUGGAUUACGGCCCCGGCAUGAUGGAGAUGCUUCUAAAGGAUGCAGUGGUUCGUGACUUUCUCGAUGAUGAGAAUGCUGAGCCUCUACAAGAUUCUGCCGGAAAUGAUGGGACCGGCAGGUCCACGUCAGCCUUUCCAGCGCAUUCGAAUCGUGGCUUGACCGGUCUCUGGAAGCGUUUCAAAGAUAAGUUCACGAACCAAGAACCAAAUCCAUUCUACACGAGCAUCAAAUUUGAAGGACCGAACGAUACUCUGGACCCGCGACAAAUGGCCCGUCAAGUCGUGUCUGCAGCAGCCGCAAGGCGCAAGGCUCAAAGGGAAUACCUUGCGAGACAUCCGAAUUAUAACACGACAUUGUAUUUGUUUCCACCAGGCAACAAAUUUCGACGGUUUUGUCAGAGACUUGUCGGCCCUGCCAGGGGCUUUGAACGAGUUGAUGGAAUUGACCCAAACAAAAUCGCUUGGUAUGCGCUCUCGGCCUUUGUCUAUGCCUGCGUGGUGGCAAUGGUAGUUAUUGCAUGUGUUACAACACCGCUGUAUCAGCGAGAAUACAGAGAAGGACACGAAGCAGACAGCAUCAAUUGGUUUGUUUGGACAGACUUGGCAUUCGUACUUGUGUUCACGCUGGAGGCGGCUAUCAAAAUAGUUGCAGACGGCGCGCUUUGGACCCCAAACGCAUAUUUACGGAGCUUGUGGGGAAUCAUGGAUACACUGGUGUUAGUGACACUUUGGAUCAAUGUCGUUACACUUUUCAUCAAUGACGGAGCAGUUUCUCGAGCAGUAGGAGCAUUCAAAGCACUGAGAGCCUUGCGACUUCUGAACGUCAGCAACAGUGCCCGGGAUACGUUUCAUGCGGUAAUAAUUCUGGGUUGGUGGAAAAUCUUCGGCGCUGCUUUUGUCUCAAUUUCAUUGCUCAUCCCAUUCGCUAUAUACGGAUUGAACAUUUUCAACGGCAAAAUGAUAUCAUGCAAUGACGGUGACGACAUAACGCAAUUGACCCAAUGCUUCGGCGAGUACGGGAGUAUCCCUUUCAAAGAUAACUGGGUGAUGCUAGCGCCUCGCGUGGCAGACAAUUCUUAUUUCAAAUUCGACGAUUUUGGUUCGUCGCUUUUUACCCUUUAUCAAAUUGUCAGCCAAGAAGGAUGGACAGAUGUGUCAUUUGCUGCACAAGCCAUCACAGGACGAGGAUCACAGCCCCAAGACCUUGCUGCGCAGGGGAAUGCCAUGUUCUUCGUUGUUUUCAACUUGAUGGCCACUGUCUUUGUCCUUACACUGUUCAUUUCCGUUUUCAUGCGCAACUACACGGAACAAACAGGCGUUGCCUUUCUUACUGCAGAGCAGCGAUCCUGGCUGGAAUUAAGAAAGCUCCUCCGGCAAAUAUCUCCGUCCAAGAGCUCCUAUAAUGACAAGGGCAAAGAGUGGAAGCGAUGGUGCCACAAGAGAGCCAUUGAGAAACGUGGCAAGUGGUACCAAAUGGUCACAUUGGUACUUGUUCUUCAUCUUGUCCUCCUCGUUGCGGAGUUCAACAAUGAGCCGCGAUGGUGGGCUCGAACACGAGAAUAUGUAUCUUUGUUAUUCAUCCUGAUAUACGGGGGCAACAUCGCAAUUCGCAUAUCUGGACUUGGCUGGAGCAGAUUCAGGAAAAGUUCAUGGGACCUCUAUGCUUUGGUAGUGGUCUCAGGAGCGUUUAUCGCCACGCUUUCACUUCUGAUUGCCAACACCCGUGGUGAGGCUUACGAACAGCUGUAUAAAAUAUUCUUGGUGGCGAUUAUUCUCCUGCUCAUUCCAAGAAACGACGCAUUGGACCAACUUUUCAAAACCGCGGCGGCUAGUCUGACGGUCAUCAGCAAUUUGCUAGCCACCUGGCUUGUUCUAUUCUUGGUAUUCGCUAUCGCAAUGACGCAGGCCUUCAGCUUAACACGAUUUGGUGGGCAAGAAACGAGCGAUCUGAACUUCCGUACAGUACCCAACGCGCUCAUUUUAUUAUUUCGAAUGAGUUUGGGAGAAGGCUGGAAUCAAAUCAUGGAAGACUACGCCGGCAUUGAGCCACCUCUUUGCGUGAAGGAUUCGACGUUCUUCGACAGUGACUGCGGAAGCAAGCCUUGGGCGAGAAUACUGUUUGUCGGGUGGAACAUCAUCAGCAUGUACAUCUUCGUCAAUCUUUUCGUUUCUCUUAUCUAUGAGAGCUUCAGCUAUGUCUAUCAGCGAUCCAGUGGCAUGGCAGUUGUUGACAGAGAAGAGAUACGCCGCUUCAAAGAAGCAUGGAGAAGCGUUGAUCCUGCUGGCACUGGGUAUAUUACAAAGGACCAAUUUCCCCGUUUGCUUGGUGAGCUCUCUGGCAUUUUCCAAAUGAGGAUCUACGACCCAGAAGACUCCGUCUCCCAAAUCCUUGACGACGUGCGUGACGAUGUGAGGAUGUCGCGUCAUUCCUCCAUGGUGGCCUCGAAUACCAAAAGCGAUAUCGAUCUUGGCAGACUUAAUCGAAGGUUGUCAAAUCUUGAUAUUGAGAAAAUUCGAACCAGACGCCGGGUAUUCAACGUUUUUUACGAGGAAGUUCUUGUUGCGGCAGAUCCUGAUAGAGGUAUCGCGUUCUCAGACGUUCUACUUAUCCUUGCUCACUACAAGAUCAUAAAUGAUAGCAAGAGUCUCAGAUUGGAUGAGUUUCUCCGACGAAGAGCUAGACUUCAACGCGUGGAUGAAGAAAUCCGACGAAGAACUGUUUUGGGUUUUUUUGACACACUAUACUGGUCGAGGAAAUUUAAACAACACAUGAAUAUGAAGCGUGCGGCGCGCAUGACCAUGGUCCCUCAACUAAGUGUACCUGAAAUUUUGGUCGAUGACGAGGAGCCAGACGUGGACACAGCUGUUGGUGCCUCCGGUAAAACGAACAGGCCGCUCCUUCCAAGCCUCAACACCAAUGUGGAGACGCCGAAGAGGCCAUCAGUUUGGGCAGGCGAAAUCUCGCCACGAGACUCCGGUACUCAGCACCCGCUGAGCUUCCCCAGGACGUCGGGAGGAGGGAUUUCCCCGCCGGCCAGCCCAAUGCGGACAAGUUUCCAACUCAGCCCCUCGGAUGCUUCUAAUGCGGAAGCCGAUCGCAGAGGUAGAUCCUUGAGCCCCGCGCAGGCCCGUGGCAUGUUGGAUGAUUCUGUCUGGGUGGAAAGCAUUCGAAAAAGCAAAACUCUUCGUCGCUCAGACAAGACUUCUUAUAGAUAUGGAGAUAUCGGUUAA